AAAACCUCUAUGGUUUCUUAACAGAUACGGAAAGAAUCAUAUUAUGACAUCUGCCAAAUCAAUAGAAGCACAGUGUAGAUUGGAACAGCCCUAAAUUUUAGUGGAAAUCAAAUACUCUCAAAUUGCAAUUAAAUAAAGGAAUUAUAAUAAUUUCUUACACAUAAGUAUUUCAGGCUGCAAGAGUAGUUAAGAAAAAUCGUCUUCAAGAUGGGCAAUAAUCAGUCAGUACGCUCGACACACUUCCAGCCUCCAAGCAGAGAGAAAGAGGAGCCAGAUGACUUCCCUGAGGAACACCACAUCAGUAUCUCAAACAAAAUGGUUGAGCGUUUGGUAGAAGACGCGACAUUGGCAGGUGGCGCGGCAUCGAGCGCAGCUGCGCAGGCGCCGCCUCGGAGUGACUACAAAGAUAAAAUAUUCAUGGAGAAGCUCACAUGUCUCGAUGACAACCACUCCGAGAAAUUUGGAUUAACAGUAGAAGAUUUGCGCGCAACGGCGCGUCGCAUAGAACUGCGCACAGCAAACAUGGUCAGCACUGAGCCGGUGUGCGCAGAAUAUCAGGACAAGGUGAUCGACUGCUACAACACCUUCGACGGCCCUCAGAGGGUCGUCAAGUGCUGGGAUACUGUCGGUGCUUUCAAAAACUGCGUGCGAGACGCAACAACGAACCGGCUGCGCGCGCGCACGCACAAGGAAGCCCGCGAGCACGCUCGGCGCACGCGGCACGUGGCGCACGCUCGCGAACACGCGCUGCGCGACCUGGGGCCGCCGCGCCCCGAACAAGACGAAAAUAUAACCAACGAAAGCUAACUAUUUAUAACUUGUUAUAACUAUAACAACGGACAUUUUGAUAGAAAAUGAACACAAUUACCGCGGCUCGAAAAUAUUUAUUUCGAGACCCAAGGUAUCUUCUGUCCUCCCAUCUUCAAUUAGUGAUGAAAUGAUUCUACGUUUAGUAAAAAUAUACUCCGUUAUUUAUAAAAAAUAUAAAACAUAACUAAAGUAUGUUUUGUCUCGUUGCUGUGAAUGUUGUAAUGUGUGAUAGUGGCAAAAUAUACUUUAGCCUAAAGUAUGCUUUAACCUUUUUAAUAAUAACAGUGAUAGCAUCUAUCCGCCCUUUUAAAAGAUCUAAUUAUACUUACUCGACGUUUGAGUCUUCAACAAAAUGACGAGCAGUGUUAAAGGGAUUAGUAAUAAUGACAAACUGAAAAUCCCUUAAAAAUAACCCUUUCACAUUUUAAGACUCCAUGCGAC